GCCAUUACAGUAUGGCGGACAAAGAGCGGUGCUUGUCAUCGUAACAUUUUACUUUUAGGAUUUCCGUCUUUAGCAGGUGGGAGUAAAUCUAGUUACAAUGUGGCCCAUGUUGUUAGAUCUGUCUAGGGAUGAAUCCAAGCGGAUUCUUCGUAGACUGGAGUUGGAGGCAUAUUCCUCUCUAAUCUCAGCCUUCCGAGCACAGGGUGAUCUGAAUAAAGAAAAAAAAUCUAUGUUACAAGAACUUCAGCAUAUCCUGAGCAUUUCAACUGAGAGGCACAGAGCUGAAGUUCGGCGGGCAGUUAACGAUGAGAAACUGGCAACUAUUGCAGAUAACAUUGCUGGAUCCAACACAACCACUGAGUGGGUGAUAGAAGGGCGUCGUCUCAUCCCACUCAUGCCAAGACUUGUCCCACAAACCGCCUUCACCGUCACAGCCAAUCAGGUCGCGAAUGCCCAAUCAGAGAAGAAUGCUUCUCUUCCAUACCCAUCUCAAACUGGAAGUAAAGAUUCUAAUGGCAACUUGAACAAUAGUGCCACUGCAUCAACUAAUACCCCUGUCUCCACCAAGCUGUCUCGACCGUCGAGCCCAACAUCCAAUGUUGUUGUCUUGCCGAGUGGGACGUCUAUCCACAUCAAAGGUGUUGUCAACUCUGAAGAAGAAGAUGAACUACAGACCAGGAAGAGACGGCGCAGUCAGUCGAGUGAAGGCAUGAGUUCAUCUGUGGCUACACAGACGCCUCGACUCACGUACACCACCACAGCGUCCAACUCUCUGCCAAGCAUGUCUCCUGUGAAGAUCACCAUUAGCAAGAGUCCACAGGGAAGAACAAUGGUGUCCACACCAGGAUCACAACCGCCGAAGGUGAUCUUGGUGACCAGCUCCGGUCAGUCUGUGGCAUCGAGUGUCCUACAGAAGUCCAUGUCUGUCCCCAUCAUCAGAGCAUCAACAUCAUCAUCAACUGUUUCUGCAUGUCGAGCCUCCAUCAUUGUCCCUGGUAGCCCACCCAUCACCAUGAGCUCUGGCUACGGCAGCAACAUCGUCACCGUGUCAACUACUUCCAUCACAACAGCUUCGUCUCACACAUCUACAACUCCGACGUCUGUGAUGGGCAACCCAACAGUGACUGUUCCCAAUCCAGCCCUUGCCAAACCUCGACCCAAGAUCAUCCCACGGCCACGAUUCCCCAACCCACAGCACAAACCGGGUGUGGUCAUCCCCAUGGGUCCCCAACCAGUCCAACCCUCACCCCAGAACUACCAAGUGAAGACAGUCACUAAGCCUACCAUACAGAUUAAACAAGAAGGAGGUAUGAAAAUCAUCACCCAGAGUCUUCCCCCGGGGACCAGCAAGAUCCUUCCUAAGCCGGCACAGUUGUCGGGGAGCUCCGGUACACCUGUCGUGGUUGUCAACGCUGGGCCUUCUGGAACUGCAACUACCACUGUUACCAUGGUAACAAAACCAGUGACAACUCUGUCAGCUAGUCACACGGGAGGCAAGGUGCUGAACAUCACUACUCCAGGUGGGCGUGUCAUCGCUACCACAACAAAAGCAUCGAACGUUGUCACAGUCAACCCUAAAACUCUACAUCUCACAGCUGUCAAAACUGCCACUGGCACAACAGUCUCCAAGCCCAACGUCAUAGUAGUCCAGAAGACCCAGCCUCGGAGAUCCCAGACCCCCACGCCACAGGGAGGUGCAGGCCGCCCCCAAGCUACAGUCAUCUCUAGUCCAGCAAUGUUUGAAAAGGAACUUGUGAACUUCAUACAGAAACAGGAAUUGGGGAAGCAGGUGUCUGUGUCAGUGACGUCAGCAUCAGCGUUACACAGCAUCGGUCCCGUCCUCGGUCGACUGCCGGAGAGGAAGGUCAUCAUCACCACGGCAACAACAGGAGAGGGAGGCAGGCAGGCCGCUCCAAUACUACACAGAUCUAAGUCAGACCAGGAGGGGAGAACUUCGUCGCUGUUGGCGGAGCUCAUCCAGGCUGCUGGGAUUGUUCCUGAUGGCGGAGGUGGGGAGGGGGUGGCAACCCAGGCAGCUGUGGGUGGGAACGAGUGGUUCGAGUACGAUAUUGCGGAUGACCAGGUGCAGACCGAAACGACGCCAGACUCCCAGGCCAUUAGUGCUCUGAUGCAGAUGCAGGGAAACACUGAGGGAAAACACAAGGAUGACGAGGAAAGAGCGGCAGCAUCAAACUUAGAACAAAUCACAGAACAGAUGUCAGGGACACAGUACUACACCAUAGAGCAAGCAAUGUCGUUACUAAACCAAGUUGACAAAGACGGCAAUACAACAACUACAACAACGACGACGACAUCAGAGGAUGGCAACACAACGUAUGUGUCCGUGCCUGUGUCGCCCCCCUCCGAGGUGUCUCGCCAGCCUACAGGACAACCUCAGGUAAUUCACAUAGUGAAGCCUUCCAGUGGGUCUUCGACCGCCAAAAUAACCAAAAUUACAAGUGAUCAAAUCCCCCCGAUGAUAGUUCGACAUACUCUCUCUUCCUCCUCCGGGACAAGUGGCAAUACUGAGGUGCUCCAGGGUGAACUGGACCCCGAGACGGGUCUGUUCUACAAGGACAGGAACAAGGUUGUGACUGUUGUGACCCAACCCUCGAAACCUGUGACUGUGGAGAGUGUUGGGAGUGUGCCAGAGAGUGUUGGGAGUGUGCCACAAGACACGGAAGUGUCACAAAACUAUGACUUACUGAGCAGUACUCUAUCUCAAGCUCACAUUGACUUAGGUGAUAUACAGUUCAUUAAUGAUGGUGCUGUCACUGUACAACCGGUUGGCAAGGUCAUAGAGGGAGACAACUCUGAACUGGCUGCUGGAGAGUCUGUAGUGCAUAUAGAAGGAGCAGAAGUUAGCAGAUAUGAGGAGAAGAAGGCACAACGAUACUCACAAUCCCUGCAUCCACUGCCGGGAGAUGACAUCUCACAGGUGACGGUCCCAAACACUCUGUCUUCAAGCUCAGCCAAGGUCAAGGUUGGAUCAUCAUCUAUACCAUUACAAGAUGUUGGGAAGGCCACAUCAACUAUGAACAUUGUCACACAGCAUGCACAGUCAUCAACUGGGUUGAGUCUCCUUGACAAGGUCGGAGCUGAGGAGGUUAUUGCCAGCAGUUCAAAUGUCAGCGUCGCAGUGGAGCCGUCGCCAAGCACACUGGAUGAGCUGACGUCACAGCGUCUGGAGGAGAAGGAACUGGCGUCAUCAUCCCAGGGGUCGGAGGAGAGGGUGGAGCUUCUGUUUGACAGCGUGGGAGUCAUCGAAGAAGAGAUACCCACGUUAGCCAGCCCCCCGACAGGGAGCGGGUCUGACAGCCAGGGGGAGUACGCUGUGUACCCAGAUACAGGAACUGCCAGCUCCGACCCUAACAGUCUGUUCCGGAGCAAGAGGAAGCGGAAACCCCCUGCCGCAGCUGAUGAGAGCACCCCUUCGUCCCCUAGCAACAGCUGGAUCAGGAUGGCUCUUGGACUGCUGCAAAGAGUGUCUCGUUAUCGUGGUGUCAACAGAGAGAAGGGAGAACUGAAUGCGUCAGCGUGGUUUACACAGCCAGUCGACCCUGCAGAUGCUCCUGAUUAUUAUUCUAUUGUAAAGAAACCGAUGGAUUUUGGAACGAUACGAAAAAAGCUUGAGUCUGGAGGGUACAAGGACCAUGAGGAGUUCCACCAGGACAUGACCCUGGUCAAGGAGAACUGUGCCGUGUACAACCCCCCCACUAGUCGUGUGUUCCGGGACUGCACCGAGGUCUUCACCUUCUACACACAGGAGAGUGAGAAACUGGCUGACAAGUGGCAUAAAGGACAGGUUAGCUCUCCGCCAUUGAAGAAGAUUAGAAUAGACAAAAGCCCUGGGAAGUCAUAACAGAAACUACACGUUAAUUGUUAAGUUUGGUUGUUAUCUAUUUACUCUGUUACCAUGGUUACUUUUUUAUUUCGAUUGUUGAACUGGGAGCCCUUGUUGAAGCUCCAGGACACUGGAAGGAAGAUUGUGUUGAGCAUGUUUUAUGGAGUUCAGGGCUCAAAAGUACUUACAGAAGAGUGCCAAUGGCAGUUAGGAUUGUAAUGCCCUGGCUAAAAUGAGGCCACAGUGCCUGAAUGGACAGCUAGAAAUCAUAAUGUUUUACCCAGAGUACCCAGUGGCAAUGUUUGUCAUAUGAAGCUACUGUGGAUUUACUUGCCUGCAAGUAAACUGGACG